AUGGAGGCGGGAGGAGGGCCGCCGUCGCCUCCCGGCCGGUUCUUGAAGGCGCCGCAGCAGAGACGCGCCGGGCCUCCUCCUCUCCCUGCCCCUCCGGCGGGGGCGCGCGGGGGGCGGGCGGGCGGCCUCCUGCGGCGGUUGGCCGAACUCGAGCGGCGGGUGGAGACGAGGCGGAUUCGGCGGUGGCAGCAGGAGGAGGAGGAGGAGGAGGUGGGCGGCUUGGCGGGGAAGGGAGAAGAGACCCGGAACCCCCGGCUGGGCACUAGCCUGCGGGCUCCCACGCCUUCAGGGGCCCCGGGCCGGGCUUCCCCCCAGCCAGCAGGUGGGCCCGACCGGUCGCCCCCCAGUCUGUCUCUCCCCCACAGCUUCGUCAAAGGGGCUGCAGCGGGGCCCUGGGUGGUGGGACGGGCGCUCCGACCCUCACACCGUUUGCAAGCGGGAUCCCAAGAUUUUGCCUGCCUAGGGUACAUCCGGCCUUGCCAGGAGCUGCAGUGGGGUGCUGGAGCCCGGGGAGGCGGACCCACCUUCCCUGCAGGGUGCAGAAAGGAAGCACCGAAAGGGACGUUGGAGUCCCACAAGGACAAGCUUUUGUGCACAAGAGAGCUUCAGCCCGGCAUUAGCGCUGCCAGUCUUCAAGGGGCUCAGCUAGAUGCAGACUUUCUGCUGCGGCUGCCCCCUGGCGCCCCACCUGAAUCCACUGAAAGGAAGGGCUGGGUGCCUGCAACAGCCCCUCCUCCUUCUCUGCAGAGGCUCCUCCUUCAGAGUGGGGGGGCUUCGCCUUCCUUGCCUUCAAUAGACAGUGACGGGCCUGCAAGGCCAGGGCAUGGGAGAUCUCUCUCCCAGGGAAGCAGCCUCAGCUCUCUGGAUGAGCUCUUCUGCGGGGCUGCCCACAGCCACGUCUCCUCCAGCAGCGAUUUCCAAGUGAAUGUCUUGAGCCUUGCCGACUUGGCUCCCAGGCUGGCUAGCCAGAAGGAAGGGUUAACGGAAGAAGAGGCAACAGCAAUGGAGACAUCUGGAUGUUUGAGUUUUGCUGACCCCCAAAGCGUCUUUAAGUCCCUGAGUGCCACAGCGGGGGGGAAAGCUGCUGCAGCUAUGGAGGAGGACCCGGGGGAAGAAACAGAGAUCUCUGAGCAGUUGGGCGGAAGUUCUGUGGAGUGUUCCAGUGGCGAGCAGAACCCCAGUAGUGCCCAGUACUCUGAAGACUUUGGCUCACUGGCUGAGGACACACCCAGGCUCUCCUCCUCCUCAGAGAAUUCGCAUCGGGAGGGGCUGGAUGCCUCUCUGGAGGCUGGGCUCUCUGCUCCCUCUUCUCCCUGCCUGCCUCCAAUGGGCAGGAGGAUCCCUAUGAAAGAUGUGGCUGUGCAGACUGGUAGCUCCUCCCUCCCACCUCAGGGGCUGAAAACUGCUGCUGCUGCUCUUGACUGGAUGGUUGGAGGCCCCAACGCCCACCAGACUGUGAGCAUGGAAGCCCUGGAAGCCAGGAUUUCUCUCAGGCCGGCGCUGGGUCUCCUGUUUGCAGAACUGACAUCAUACAGACCUGCCGUAUCAGCCUUAAAUGACACGUUAAAGCAGAACUUGCUACUUAUCCAGCAGUUUGUCAAGGCUAGCCGCCACCUUCAUUUGUCUUUCGUGGCCCUGCUGGAGGAGGAGGAAUUCCACUACCACACCCUGGAAGAAGCCAAGAGGUACAUUGACCACCACAAGUGCCCACCUCUGACCCUGGAGCAAGCUUUGCACGAGCUGGAAGAAGAGAAGCAAGCGGCUGGUUAGACCUUCGGGACAGGAGAAGCGGAGGCAGACAGCAAGACCACCUCCAAAACGACUGCAUGGGGGGCUCUGCAGCAGGGGAGGGACACCCUGAAUGGCAGCAGAAGAGGCGGUUAUCAACCCCCCCCCCCCGCCCCGGGACUUCAGGCUGGCCAGUGGAAGGGCCACUGAGCUGCAGGCCACAUCCUUCACGAACAAGACAGCCAAGCCGGGAAAGGUGGUUCUGGGGCCGCUUCCCUUCCCCUUCUGCAAAUAAAGCCCAGUCCUCAGAUAACAAAA